CCAGGGGAGAGGGGAUCUCUGUGAGACAUUUGCCUGCACCAAAACCCCUCCCUUUUAUCCCCCUUUUAGUUUUUCUUGGAGCACAGCAGCAGCGUCUCACGUUGUCGCCGUCAUGGGAUUUUUAGGCAGUGACUAAACAGAGUUUGUUUGGGAACAAACAGCCUGGAGACAUGACGAAUGGAACAAACUCAAAUUUCAGGCAUGUGCUCUCCUCCCUGGGCAGGGGAUAGCUGUAACGGGAUUGCCAGCCCUGGGUGCUGCCGUGGUGGCACUCAGGGGCUAGAUGCGGCGUUCCCAAGGGCAGGAGCAUUAAAAGGAGCUCCUGUGCCCAGCAGGGGCAUGUCAAUCCUGGGAUAUCAGGCUCUGUUCUCUGCCUAAGCCAAACUCUGGGUGUUAUUUUUCAGCAGUUUCCCUGCAUCAUCCCGUGAGCCUUGGUAAAAUCACAGGCGAGCGGCUCUGGGCCCAUAAGCCAGAUUCCUGGUUUAUAUAGGUUAUGUAGGUUAUAAACCAUGCUGCCUUUAUCACACAGAGCUCUCUCAUCCUGGCCUGACAAGCUGGGAUGCUGGCUGGAGUUUGCACGAGCUGAUGUCUUCAUUGGGACCCUCCUGCAGUGGGUUUUACACCCUGCAGAGCAAGGUCGGUCUCCCGAACCACCCGGUUCAGUCCAAAUUCGGAGCUGGCACCCCGGAGCCACGCAGACGUCGUUACCCUGGCACGACCAGCAGAAACCUCCCUUGGUGCCCUUUGUGCCAGGUAGCGCUCAGCUCCAUUACUCGCUGCCCUAAAAUUAGUAAAUGAACAGUCAGAUUUUUCCCAAGGAAUUGGCUGUAAAAGAAAUUCAGCUGGGGGUGCUCAGUGCCAGGCUUGUCCUGCUGGGCAGCAUGCCUGGAGCUGCAAAGCAUGGGGAGGAGGAUGCAACAGCCGGGAAGGAGCUGGGCUGGGGGUCCCCACAUCCUUGGAGGAGGACUGAACCACAGACACCCAGGCAAUGAGCUGCCGUGGGGGACCAGCCGGGUCCAGGCCUCCCUGGGCACAGCAAAGCUGCUCCCUCAGCUGGCAACAGCCUGGAGAUGAUGAGCAGGAGGUUUCUCGUGCCGGCAUUGCUGCCUUGAACAGCCUGUCCUGCCCCGUAACACCCUCCGUGCUUCCUCUCCCCAAGCCCGACCCGCCACUGAUGACUUUUUCAUGCUCUCCGGAAAGCAUGUUUGUGCUUGGAAAUACCUUCCCGCUUUGUUUGCCGCCGCUGCAUUGUUCGGCUCCAGGCUGAUACUAUCUCUUCUCCUGCUUUACAGCAUUUUUGUAGUACCCUUGGGUGAUGCUCGCGCUGGGGCGGGGUUGGGGUUCUGAACCUCUGCAGGCAGCUUUUGGCAGGGCAGACUUUUUUUGUCUGUCCCUUCAGUCCCCAAAGGCCACUGCACUCCCUUGCCCCCGGCACUAUCUCACCUCUGAAUCAAGGGGUUUUUCCAAACAAUUGCAAAACCCAGCAUGCUGGAGCUUUGCUUUACCCUUCCUUCCCCAGAAACCUGGGGAAGAGCAAACAGCUCACUGGCCUUGGUGCCACAAACUCGCCCUUCCACUCACUGCAAGCUCUUGGGCUUGAUAGAGGGGAGCCGCGGGGGCCACCUUGAUGUAUGCAGUGUGCAAGCCCCGUCCCACCAGUUCUGCUCGUCCUCUGUUUCCUUGCUUGGGGCGGGAGGGCUUCACCAAAGGUCUUUGCCCUUUUGCAGGCACAAAAGUGGUGAGAUGGGGUCAUCGGCAGGCUUUGAAACUGCCACCUGCUUCUUGCCAAAGGCUCAGAGCCAAGCGUGGGUCCUCAGCAGCCUCCGGCGCUCCCUGGCUCCCGGCACAGUCCUUGCGUGAACCCUGUGGCAGGCGUUCAUGCCACGGCAUUCAUGCCACGGCUUUACCAGGACGCCAGCUGCUUGCCAGGACUGGGGUUUUCCCGCUGUUGGUGAGAAAGGAGGGAUGUGUUAAUGAGCAACGAGGAGGCUGGAGGAGCUUCGAGAGGGACAUGCGUGAGUGAGUGUGCAGUUCUGGGCCGACUCUGGGUGACCUCCAGAGAUCCCUCCUGGCCUGGGUAUUUUUUUUAUUCCCCCUCCCCCAUGAUAAGGCAAUGGCAGGGCUCCCAUCCACUUGCUGCCAUCCAUCAGGCAGGAGGCAGCGGCCGAGUGCCCUGGCAAUAAACGCCCCUCUUAGCCCUGAAACCAAAUCAUGGUGGCUGCCUUCGUUUGUCAGCUGGGGUUGCUCCUGCAGCAUAGCUCCAUAAACCAUCAAUCCUCAUGUAUUUCGGGAGGGUGGGCAGAGGCUGGUGAUGCUGGGCGUUUCUGACCUGCUGGUGCCUUGUGUUUAACUGCUGCCUCGAGCUCAAGCGCUGCCUCAGCCGGAGCAGAUAAUACAUAUUUCCGUAAUUUCCCCCAUAGCCUUCAUAGAAGAGCCACAGUGCUGUUGGGAAAUUGUGGUUACCGUGAAAAGAAAGUGUUAGAGAGGGGGGGAAAAGUGUUUCCUCUGCUGGCAGAUAAAGAGGAGCUUCACUGCUGGGCCUUGGAGCAUCCUCCUGCGUGGGGAUGCCGUGAUAGGGGUGAGCAGGAAGAUGUGAUGCCGUGGUGGGUGGAGAUGUCUCUGUCAUAUCCCCGUGGUUGGGGAGGGGGGGAGUGUCCCACUCCAGGGAGAGCCGGUUUUCCCUGGGGACUCGCUUGCCUGGCAUGUGUGUCCUUGCUGAGCUUUGAAGCCAGCCGGGUGUUGGCAGGAUCAGGGUUUCCACCUUCCUCACGUCUCAGAUUUGAGGCAACAGGUCAGAUGGAGGACAUCAGUGCUCUUGCGGGGUGGCCGGGUUGGCCGGGGCUCCCAGGGGCCGCGGGCUGGAGGUGUGAGCAUGGGACGCUCUCUCCCUCCCCCAGAUUUGCCCACAAGUCCCCAUGACUCUCAAAGCCCAGCUCAUUUUAAUGGUUUUACAGGCAGGAGACGGAUGGGAGCUGUCGGUACCCCAUGACUGCAGCGUGCCGUCCCCAGCAGCACAGCCCCGAGGUCCUGGCUCAGAUCCUGCAUGGUUUAAAACCUCAUCCGAGGGCGUGGGGGUAAUCCCGGCCCUGGGGCAGUCAGUGCUCCCUGGUGCGGAAGUGCCCCCCCAGGAUUUUUGGCAGGGCAGUGUGAGGCUGGGACAGCCCAGCUCCAUCCCUGGGGGCUUCUGCUCACCAGGGGGGUUGCAGCCAAACCUGGGCCCAGCCCUCGGAGCAUCCCUUGUGGGGAGCACUGCCAGGCUCGCAUGGGAAACAUGCAGGGUCGCGUCCCGGGGGACUUGGCCUCCCCCACCAGCUGGGAGAUGUCACCGGCCCCGAUAGGAGCUGGGUAUGUUAACUCCGGCUUGCUGGGGCUCUGGCGGUCCAGAGAAGGCAAAGCUUUUGUGCUGGAGCUGUGAGUUGCUCUUUGCUGUCUUUGAGUGCCCUGGAGGAUGCCCUGGCGGAUACAGGGAUGCCUGAGGGGAUGUAGGGAUGCCCAGGGGAGCCCUUCCACUUGUAGGAAUUGAAGCUUUCCCCAGCAAGGAAACCCUGAGGGGGGUCAGCAUUCGGGAUACCCGCACCAUGGAGGCAGAGCUGGCAGCCCAGGAGCGCUGGCCUGGUGCCAGCAGCCUGUGUUUGGUGCACAUUGCCAUGGCCAGCUGGCGUGGCCAGCAACCGCGGGAGGUGGAGCGGGAUGCUAACAACAUAACAACUGUGUCCAACCCAGCAGCAGUGCCCUGCCAAAUUGCCCGCUAUCCCAAGGUUUAGUCAGGAUCAUUAAUUAUUUUAAUGUACUUGGCAUCUUUUUCAUUGCUCUCUGGUUUUAAUGUCAUGCUUGCGGUGAAGUCACAUGCGUGAGCUCUUGCACGAUCCUGUGACUCAAGGAAAUGGGGCUUUCGUGGAAGGCAACCCCAGAGAGAUGCAGGAGCCAUACCCAGUGUUGCUGUGGGUCGCCAGCCUGCCCAAGGGUGGCCAGGGCAGGGUUUCAUAUAAAGCCCAAUGAUAGGGUUUUAUCCCUGGUCCUCAGCUCCCCAGGUGGUUAUGCAGCACUGCUGUGCGGAUUUGGGAAGGAGCAUCAGUUCCUCAGUGGUGGGCUGGAGGACUGCACGCUGCAGGUCUCACCCUCCGGACACUACCUGGACCUCGACUUGUCCCUGCUGGAGCAGAAGGAUGAUCUGGAGGGUUUCUACGAGGAGGUCAGGAAGGGGAGACGGCCAACUCUGAUCCUGCGCACGCAGCUCUCUGUCCGAGUCCACGCCAUCAUUGAGAAGCUGUACAACUCGCAGGGGCCAGAGCUGCGGCGAUCCCUCUUCUCCCUCAAGCAGCUCUUUCAGGAGGACAAGGACCUGGUGCCAGAGUUCGUGAACCUGGAUGGGUUGACAUGCCUGAUCAAAGUGGGGGCAGAGGCUGACCAGAACUACCAGAAUUACAUCCUCCGGGCUCUGAGCCAGAUCAUGCUCUUUGUGGAUGGGAUGCAGGGUGUCAUCAACCACAACGAGACCGUCCAGUGGUUGUACACGCUGUCGGGAAGCCUGUUUCGCCUGGUGGUGAAGAUGGCGCUGAAGCUGCUGCUGGUGUUCGUGGAGUACACGGAGCCCAACGCCCUGCUCCUCAUCCACGCCGUCAAUGCUGUGGACCGGGCAAGAGGCACAUGCCCAUGGUCCAACCUGAUGGCCAUUCUGGAGCAACGCCACGGGGCUGACACGGAGCUGCUGGUGUUCACCAUGACGCUGAUCAACAAGACACUGGCAGCCCUCCCAGACCAGGACACCUUCUACGAUGUGACAGACUGCCUGGAGCAGCAGGGCAUGGAGCGGUUGGUGCAGCAAUACCUGGGCAGCAAGGGCACCGACCUCGACUUGAAGCAGCAGUUCGUGCUCUAUGAAAGUGCUCUCAAGCUGGAGGAUGAUGUGGAAGAGUCGCCCUCGGGGGGACGCAAGGAGAGGAGGAUGGACGAGGGCAGGCGUGGGUGGCGAUCCCAGGGCAGCUGCCCGGAGCCUGGCCCCAAUGCCCAGCCGCUGUUGGAGUCCGCUGGCACCCUGAAGGAGCCCCCCACCAAGGACACCCCAUCUGUCCCCACGCCGAGCAGCCCAGCAGAACCCUGUCCCGGCAGUGUCUACAACAGUGCAUCCAGCGUGCGGCUGGCCCUGGCCUCCCCGCCAGCUGAGGAGCAGCCCCCGGGUCUGGGCGAGCGCAGCGUCUACAAAGCUCGCUUCUUGGAGAACCUGGCCGCAGCCCAGAAGGAGAAGAUCUCUUCCAUGGCCAAGGGACGGCUCAAUGUCCUCAGUGAUGCUGCGCUGGAGUGUCCCACUGCUGUCCGGUGGGACAGGGAGAGCGGCACUGCUGAGCCUGGGAUGGAGCCACCCAGCAUACGGUCCCACCUGGCCCAGCCAGACACCAAUGACUCCUGCAGCACCAUCUCCUCCGACACCAAGUUUAUGCUGGACAUGCUCUACGCCAAGGGCUCCUCAGAGCCGAAGAGGGAGAAGGUCUUUCCUGACAUCCCGUUGUCCCCCCUGGUCCAGGGUGAGGUGGAGAUGGACACCGGGGGAGGUGGCAGCUGGGAGCAGGAGGACACCUGGCUCUGCAGUAGAGCUCCAGAUGGGCCAGUAGCCAACACCCACACCAAGCUGGCACAUGCUAUGUCCAGCAUAGAUGCAGAGACCCACACACAGAAGCUGGAGAACACCGGGAUGGUGCCCAUCAAGAAGGAUGUGGAGCUGACAUGGGAGCACCUGCAGGCCAGCCCUGUGCAGCUGAAGAUCAAGGAUCUGGACUUCACUGAUUUGGGGGAAGAGGAAGACUUCGACAUCCUGGACACGGGGCCCAUGGCCAAUGGCUCCUUCUUCUCUCCCAGCAUCAAAGCAACGAGCGCUGGAUCUCUCAUGGUUCCCCCUCCACCUCCUGCGGCCCCUGGCUGCCCACCACCUCCACCUCUACCUCCUGCGGUCCCCGGCUGCCCACCACCUCCACCUCCUGCAGUCCCUGGCUGCCCGCCUCCCCCAGGGCUGCCAGGCCUCUCAGUAGCGGAUGGUCCCUCCCAGGCUAAGAAGAAAAGGACAGUGAAGCUCUUCUGGAAGGAGCUGAAGCAGCUGGAUGGCACUGUGGGGUCAGGGAGGUUUGGCCAGGCAACACUGUGGGCAUCCCUGCAGAAUGUUGAGGUCAAUGCUGCCAAACUGGAGCAUCUCUUUGAGUCACGGUCAAAGGAAGUGCCACCUUCAAAGAAGGCUGUCGACGGGAAGAAGGUAGUGGUGGUGCUGGACCCUAAGCGGAGCAACGCCAUCAACAUUGGCCUCACAGUGCUGCCGCCUGUGCACAUCAUCAAGACGGCUGUGCUCAACUUUGAUGAGUUUGCAGUCAAUAAGGAAGGGAUUGAGAAAAUCCUGACCAUGGUCCCGACUGGGGAGGAGAAGCAGAAGAUCCAGGAGGCCCAGCUGGCCAACCCUGAUGUGCCCUUGGGCUCUGCAGAGCAGUUUCUGCUUGCCCUGUCUUCCAUCAGCGACCUCACGGCCAGGCUCCAGCUCUGGGCCUUCAAGCUGGAUUAUGAGAGCCUGGAGCAGGAGAUUGCAGAGCCACUCUUUGAUCUGAAGGUGGGCAUGGAGCAGCUGGCCAGAAAUCACACCUUCAAGUGCAUCCUGGCCACACUGCUGGCCAUGGGCAACUUCUUGAACGGCUCACAGAGCAGAGGCUUUGAGCUGGGCUACCUGGAGAAAGUCUCGGAAGUGAAGGACACAGUGCACCGGCAGUCCCUGCUCCACCAUCUCUGUCAGAUGGUGGUAGAGAAGUUCCCAGAAACCACUGACCUCUACUCAGAGAUUGCCUCCAUCACCCGCUCUGCCAAGGUUGACUUUGACGAGCUGGCCAACAGCCUGGUGCAGCUGGAGCGGAGGUGCAGGGCCUCCUGGGACAACCUGAAGGUGAUUGCCAAGCAUGAGACCAAGCCAGUGCUGAAGAGCAAGCUGACGGACUUCCUCAAGGACAGCACCCAGCGCAUUGUUGUCUUGAAGGUGGUGCACAGGCGUGUCCUCAACAGGUUUCACUCUUUCUUGCUGUACCUGGGGUACCCGGCAAGCACGGCGCGGGAUGUGAAGGUGACACCCAUCUGCAAGCUGCUGCGGGAGUUUGCCCUGGAGUACCGUACCUGCCGGGAGCGUGUCCUGCAGCAGCAGAAGAAACGGGCUGCCCACCGCGAGCGCACCAAGACCCGUGGACGGCUCAUCACUGAGACAGAGAAGUUCUCCAGCAUCGCCGAGGCCACCGCUUCACCGCCCGCCGUGGUGUCCAGUGGCCCCGAGGAGCAGAUGGAAGCAGGUCACGAGAGCAUGAAGAAUGUGCUGACCUCCCCCACGGAUGUCCCUGCCCGCCGCAGCCGGGCCAGCCGGGGGACAGGGCAUGCCAGCCCGGCCCAGGGCUCUCCAGCCCAGGAGGAUGUUCCCAGCUCCCCAGACGACGCGUCAGAUGAAAUCAUGGACCGGCUGGUGAAAUCAGUGACUCACAACGCCAACCCCCGGCCCUGCGCCAACAAGGAGCGCAGGAGGUCCCGUGGCAAUAGGAAGUCCUGCUGUGACUCGGGCUUUGGGCAGGCGACGGCGCGGCACUUGGACACCAUGGGCUUUCGGGUGUUUGCCAGUGUACUGGACCUGCAGGGUCCCGGUGCCCAGGAGCUGCGCAGGAGCUGCUCGCCGAGGCUGACGCUGCUGCAGAUGGACCUGACCAAGCCAGAGGACAUCCAGUGCGUCCUGCAGCACAUCCAGGCCCACACCAACAGCACAGGGCUCUGGGGCCUGGUGAACAACGCUGGCUUCAACGACACCAUCGCCGACGCCGAGCUCUCACCACUUGGCAAGUUUCGGACCUGCAUGGAGGUGAACUUCUUUGGUUCACUGGAGCUCACCAAGGGGCUGCUGCCCCUGCUCCGCUCCGCCGGCGGUCGCAUCGUCACCGUGAGCAGUCCCGCGGGUGACCUGCCCUUCCCCUGCCUGGCAGCCUACGGGACCUCCAAGGCAGCCCUCAGCCUGCUCAUGGACACCUUCCGCAGCGAGCUCCAGCCCUGGGGCGUCAAAGUCAGCCUCGUCCUGCCUGGCUACUACAAAACAGGGACGACGUGUGACCCGGCCUUCUGGAACCUGCAGAAGGCUGGGCUGGUGGCCAGCCUGCCCCGGGAGCUGCUGCAGGCCUAUGGCGAGGACUACGUGGAGGAGAUCAACCGCCAGUUCCUCCAGUUCAUGAAGGUGGCGGUGGAGGACCUCAGCGCAGUGGUGAACAGCAUCACAGAUGGGCUCCUGGCUGCCAACCCAGCCGUGCGCUACUACCCAGGGCAGGGCCUUGGGCUCAUGUAUUUCAUACACCGCUACCUGCCCUAUUUUGUCCGAGACUUGUUCUUGAAAGGAUUCUUCAUCAACCCCAAGCUGCCUCGAGCGCUGCGGCAAGAGCACCACAACGACGUGAAGAAGGCCUGACCUCAGCCCGCAUGC